AUGACCGUUAGCGGUGUUUUCGGGUUAGGCGCUCGACACACAGCAGAGGUAAGAUUCUCCAAAGGUCAACUUCAGCAACAUGUCUGCUUCACUGGGGCUGCGUCUUCUCUACUGCUACUCUAAGCCAGCCACGCUGGGAUGCACCAGUGUACGUCCCUUUCGUGUCGGUGUGGAGCGCAGUGGCUUCAAAUAUGUUAAUGCCGUGGAGCAGCAGACAGACCUCAAGUCCAUCACUGACCGUGCUGCAACAACUCUCCUAUGGACCGAACUCUUCAGAGGAUUGGGUAUGACCAUGAGUUACCUGUUCCGUGAACCAGCCACCAUCAACUAUCCUUUUGAGAAGGGCCCCCUGUCGCCUCGCUUUCGUGGAGAGCACGCUCUCCGUCGCUACCCCAGCGGAGAGGAACGCUGCAUCGCUUGCAAGCUCUGCGAGGCCAUCUGCCCGGCUCAGGCCAUCACAAUUGAAGCUGAGACUCGAGCUGACGGCAGCAGGAGGACCACACGCUACGACAUUGAUAUGACCAAGUGCAUCUACUGUGGCUUCUGCCAGGAAGCCUGCCCUGUGGAUGCCAUUGUUGAGGGUCCGAACUUUGAGUUUUCAACAGAAACACACGAGGAGCUGCUGUACAACAAGGAGAAGCUUCUCAACAAUGGAGACCAAUGGGAGGCUGAGAUUGCAGCCAACAUUCAAGCAGAUUACCUGUACAGGUAGACUGAUGGGGUGUAGCUGCCUGGCAAAGCUGUCUCUAUCUGUUCACCGUGAAAACAUAAUUUAUCCUCCAGUGCAUCAAAGACUGUUGCAUUACAAAUAUUUGUCACGUAAAAGGCAUGAAGUUUGACACAUGACAUCUGCUUUAUAGCUAAACAGUCUCUACACACGUUUCCAGCUACAUAACUCAUUGUAUUUGUUUUAUAGCCAGUACUUUAAGACAGCGUUAUGGUUCUUUUUCCUGAUGCCAUGAAAAUCCUAAAAUAAAGUACCGGUCGGUUUUCAAAA